GGCAAGAAGGGAGGGAGGGCGGGCGGAGAGACCUCAAGCUAUUGAUGGGCGAAGAGCAGGGAGGGGUUGAGCGAGAGAGAGAGUGUGUGCGAGCGCCAGAGAGAGAGAGAGAGAGAGCGAGCGAGCGAGCAGAGGGAGGGGUGUAUGUGUGGGCUGAGUCUGUUCUGAAUGAGGAAGCGGCAGAGCCAUUUUCACCGUUGAGUAAGAGCACGCUGCUUCAUGUGUACGUGAGAGAGGGAGAGCGAGAGAAAAAGAAACUGCUUCUUCUGGAUUUUUUUGAAACAAAUCCUCAGCUGACGUGUAUUCCUCUCCCCCUCUCUGUCUUCAUCGGGUGUUAUUUUUUUUGAGCAAACGAAGCCUUGGUUAGGGGACACAAUGGGGCAAAGUGCCUGUGGCAACUGGGCCGUUGUGCUCCUGAGAGGGGGAGGGGGUAGAGAGCAGACCGGCGCACAGAGCUAACGCAGCUAGCCGGCCGCAGGCCCCUUCUGCCGCUCUCUCUCUCCUUUCCUCUCUAGCUCUUUCUCACUGAAGCUACUCGAGCUGUAGGCUCUGUUUUUGGGAGGAUUCUCUCAGGACCGAAGGCGUUCGCCCCCUCAGGAUUAUCGUGGACUUCCUGUGGAUUAAUAUGUAUUUGGCACAGUGGAUUUUGGGACAUGUUCAUUGGAGCUGGAGAUCUGAAAGCUAGUUCUUCUCAUGUUUUGGGAGUAGAGCAUUCCACACAAACUUUCUGCCUUCAUUUUUUUUAUUAUUAUUUUUUUGUUCCUUUUUGUCUUUCGGUUUCGUUUUCUGGUGACAGGAACUUAUAAAUGGAUUACAAAAUGCAUUCCAAGUCUAACGAUUUGCUGGAUUUUCAGACACUGGAUGCGCUUCUGGAAAAAAUUGCACAUUACUCAGCAGCUGUAAAAAGAGAUCCUAGUGAGGAGUGCAAUGGAAUCAGCGGUGCUCUCUCUGUGGAGCCCGCGCCUGGCUCGAAACUGAACGAGUGGUGUCCCGCGGCGUCUACUCCUGCCCCUGCGCCCGCGCUCCAUCCUGCCAGCAUGGGGGACGGCCUGGACGCAGCGCAGAUGUCAGGGAGUAGCAGCAGUCAGGGGCAGCCCUCAUCCCAGCCCCCUGGUAUCAUGAAUCCCUCUCCCCCGGAGAUCACCAACCCUUCCCGACCGAAGCGCCAGACCAACCAGCUGCAGUACCUGCUGAAGGUGGUGUUGAAAACCCUGUGGAAGCACCAAUUUUCAUGGCCUUUCCAGGCUCCGGUAGAUGCUGUCAAGCUUAACCUGCCUGACUAUUACAAGAUAAUUAAAAACCCAAUGGACAUGGGAACAAUCAAGAAACGGCUAGAGAACAGUUACUACUGGAAUGCCCAAGAAUGUAUUCAAGACUUCAACACCAUGUUUACCAACUGCUACAUUUACAAUAAGGCUGGGGAUGACAUAGUCUUAAUGGCUGAAGCACUGGAGAAACUGUUCCUCCAGAAGAUUUCAGAAAUGCCCCAGGAGGAGAAUGAGAUCACAGUCAUGACUCCCAAGGGUCGCGGCCGGGGCAGACGGACCGACGCAGGGCUGAAUGUGAAGCCUGGGCCUGGCAUAGAUUCUCCGUCCACGACACCCCAAACACGUGGCCUUUCUAGUCUUGGACCGGGGCCGCAGACUAGAGGACCAGUCCAGGGCCCUCCCCCUCUACCCCUGCAACAGGCCAUGCCAGCUCUUCCCCCUCGAGUGCCCCCUACAAUUCCCACCCAUGCUCCACCGCUGGGUGCCCCCUUUUCUCUGCCAUCUACAGACUGCAGUCCUCAAGCCCCUAUUAUGACGUCGGUGCCUCCUCCCACAACCCAGACAGCCCUUCCACCCAUGCCCAUUCAACAGAGCACGGCUCCAGUUCUUCAGAAUGUUAUGCCUAAACAGAGAAAAAGCCAGAAGAGGAAAGCGGACACCACGACUCCCACGGCAAACGACCAACUGAGUGAAUCCUCUCCUGCUGAGUCAAAGUCAGGGAAAACUCUGCCACGGCGAGAGAGCACCCGGCCAGCGAAACUCCCCAAGAAAGAGGCGCCAGACUCCCAGCACCACGUGGCCUUCGGAGUCCCUGGCGGUGCCCACAGCCCCAAACAGCAAGAGCAACUUCGCUACUGUGCAGGCAUCGUGAAGGAAAUGUUCGCUAAGAAACAUGCUGCGUAUGCAUGGCCUUUCUACAAACCAGUGGAUGUAGAGGCUUUGGGACUGCAUGACUACCAUGACAUCAUCAAACACCCCAUGGACCUCACUACCAUCAAGGAGAAGCUGGACAGCAGACAGUACAGAGAUGCACAGGAGUUUGCUGCAGAUGUGCGGUUAAUGUUCUCCAACUGCUACAAGUACAACCCUCCUGACCAUGAGGUGGUGGCCAUGGCACGCAAGCUGCAGGAUGUGUUUGAGAUGCGUUUUGCUAAAAUGCCGGAUGAGCCCGAGGAGACCUUCACCCCUGCUCCUGCUCCCGUGCUGCACCCUGCUCCCCCUGUGAAGACCCAGCCGCCCAUAGGUGUGCCCUCUUCCUCUGACAGCUCCAGCGACUCUUCCUCAGAGUCUGAUUCCUCCACAGAUGAUUCAGAAGAGGAGAGGGCUCAGAGGCUGGCUGAGCUGAAGGAACAGCUAAAGGCAGUCCAUGAGCAGCUAGCAGCCCUGUCCCAGCCCCAGGCCAGCAAACCAAAGAAGAAGGAGAAGGAGAAGAAGGAGAAGAAGAAGGAUAAGCACAAAAAGAAAGGAGCCAUGCCUGGGCUGGACGAGAUCCUUGAGCCUCCUCCUGCUCUCCAGCCGCAAAAGAAAAGCAAGAACAAUAAGGACCCUCUGCCCAAGAAGACCAAGAAACCCAAUAAGAAGGAGGGCUUGAAGAACAACCGAUCCAUGCCACCGCAAGGCACUGUGCCACCCAACCUGCAGCCUGUUCCAGGCCUGGACUCAGUGGAUGAUCUAGGGCUGGGAGGAGGCGCAGGACCAGCUGGCUUGGCACAGACAGAAAAAAGCAAGCCCAUGUCCUAUGAGGAAAAGAGGCAACUGAGUCUGGACAUCAACAAGUUGCCAGGAGACAAGCUGGGCCGAGUGGUUCACAUCAUUCAGUCCCGCGAACCUUCGCUUAAAAACUCCAACCCUGACGAGAUAGAGAUUGAUUUUGAAACGCUGAAGCCUUCAACGCUGCGUGAACUGGAGAGAUAUGUCUCGUCUUGCCUCCGCAAGAAGAAGAAGCCUCCGGUUGCAGAGAAGACCAUGGAAGCUAUGACUGCUGCUAAGACAAAAGGCUCAUCCUCAGACUCGGGAAGCAGUAGUGAGUCUAGCACGUCGGACAGUGAAGACUCUGAGUCAGGAAUGGCCUCCAAACCGAAGAAGAGGGGUCACUCCACGAAGGAGGGAAAGAAAUCCCAUCAUCCGAUGAUGGCUCCAGGCAUGCCUCAGCCUCAGGUGCCCCUCCAGCCCCAAGCUCCAGUGCUUCAGCCCACGGCCCAGCUUAAACAACAGCAGCAGCAGCAGCAGCAUCCGUCUCCUGCUACGUACAUGGCCCCCUCUGUCACAGCGCUGGAGUCCUCCCAGCUGCUCGAGAACACAUUUGACUCUCUACCCCACUUUGGCCAGCCCCUCAUGCACCUGUCCCACCACGCUAAUGACUCAUCUUCUCCUGCCCCGCCCCACCUCAGUGCUCAUCCGGCAGGUGGCCCCGGCUCACCUGAGACACACCCAUUUUUAAACCAGCACCCCAUCCUCCCAUCCCCAGCACUGCACAAUGCUAUGCCUCAGCAGCCUUCGCGACCCAGUAACAGGGCUGCGCCGCUACCUCCCAAACCUUCGCAGCCGACGACGACGCCCCAGCCACCUUCGCAGCAGCAACACCCACCCCAGCAGCCCCUGCAGUUGCAGUCGCAGCAGACCCCACAGCCCCAGCACCACCUCCCGCCCCAUCUCUUGCACCCGCCGCAGCCCCUCCGUCAGAGACCCCUGUCACCUCCCACGCUCACCCCUCAGGGCCUGCUGUCCUCGCAGCCGCCACAGAUGCUGCUGGAAGACGAUGAGGAGCCUGUGCCCUCCAUGCCUCUCAACCAGGUCCAGCUUUACCUUCAGCACCUGCAGCAAGGCCGCCAGCAGCAACAGCAGCAGCAGGGUGCACUCAUGCAGUCCCUGCAGGGCCGGCAGCAGCAGUCCAGCCAGGCUUCCCUCCUGCAGACGGUGCAGGUUCAAUCACAGCUGGGCCCACAGACCUCACUUGCCACACCACAGCUGCCUGUCCAGACCCAGCCUCAGCCCACACCGUCGCACCAGCCCUCCCCCCAGAUCCCCCAGCACCAGCCCAGACACAUGCAGCAUGCCCCACAGACACAGACCCAGCAGCAGCAGCUUGCUUACUCCCAAGGCCCCGUGCAGACCACGCAGACCCAGCCAGCGCAACACAAGGUGUCCAUGACCCCCACUAAAGCACAGCAGCAAAUUAUUCAGCAACAGCAGCAGCAUCCCUCUCCACGUCAACACAAGCCUGAUUCAUAUAGCACGGGGCACAUGAGAGAGAACCCUUCACCUCUAAUGAUGCAUUCCCCUCAAAUCUCCCAUUAUCCUCCUGUUGUCCACGAAUCGCCUUCUCAUAACCUGCAGCCCAAAAAAGAGCCACAGCAGCAGGGGCCUCCAGCUCUCGGGGCUUUGAAGGAGGAGAAGCAGCCUCCCUCUCCUGUGAUACGGGCAGAGUCCUUCAGCCCAGCCAUGCGACCGGAACCACACAAACAGCCUGAGAGCAAGCCCCAUGUGCCACCUCACAGUCAGCAGAGGCCAGAUAUGAAGCCACUGGAGAGCUCACGCCCUGUCAUCCGCUCCUCAGACCAGAGUGGCCCAUCACCCUCCAUGCAUGAAAAGGACAAAUUCAAACAAGAGCCCAAAACACCGGUGGCCCCUAAAAAGGUACAGGAUGUGAAGCUUAAGAAUAUGGGCUCGUGGGCUAGCCUGGCACAGAAGUCCACCUCCACGCCCUCGUCUGCAGUGAAGUCAAGCAGCGACAGUUUCGAGCAGUUCAGGCGUGCAGCUCGGGAGAAGGAGGAGAGAGAGAAAGCACUGAAGGCCCAGGCAGAGCAGGCCGAAAAGGACCGACAGCGCAGAGAGCAGGAGAAACAACGGGGUCGGGAUGAGGAAGACUCGAUGGAGCCAGUGCGAAGGCCCCACGAGGAGCCACGUAGACGCUCUGAGCACCUGCAGGCCCCUCAGCAGCAGCACCAGGCCCCAACACAAGCCCCUAACCCACCGGCCCAACCCCCGUCAGCACCACAGCCCUCGCAGGCCCCCGCCCAGUCCCCAGCCUCUAGCCAGAGCGCACUGGAUCAGCAGAGAGAGAUGGCACGUCGCCGGGAACAGGAGAGGCGGAGGAGAGAGGCGAUGGCAGCUACCAUUGACAUGAAUUUCCAAAGUGAUUUGAUGGCUAUUUUCGAGGAGAACUUGUUUUGAAAUGCACGAGGAGGCAAAAGAGACUGCAAAAAUAAUGUAAUGGAUUCCUCUGCAUAGAGAAAGUGGACUGGUGAAGCGGUAAGGGAAUAAAAGACCCCAACUGACCAUGAGAAACACUGAAGAGGCAGAGAUGGCAUUGGGUAAGCUGAGGCCCUGACAGGAAGCCUGUAGCUUUCUUGUUGCCUUAGCAGAAAAGAGGGACCCUCAAGCUGGGACAUCAUUGUCUCUCUGGCAUUCCUCCUGGAUUUAAACCUGUAACGGUAUCAGGAAGGAAAGGACUUCUCAUGGGGCACUAGUUUGAAUCAAUGGGAGCAAAUGGACGGACUUGAUUAGUGGAGGAAUAUCUAAGCGACAACAGUUUAAAUGUACUGAUUACCCGUAGUGCGGCGUUCAUCAACUGCCAGAUGUCUAAGGGGUAUUGCUUUUUUUUUUUUCUUUCACUGUUUUGUUUUUUUCUUUUUUUUCUUUUCUCUUUUUUUUCUUUUUUUUAAGAACACAUGCAAGCAAGCGACAAGAUUGGUUGUGACCCAACUUAAGAUCAUCAUGUAAUAUCUCAGGAGAGGAGGUACAGCUUGCCUUAUGCCUCUGACCUGUAGACUCAAACAUCACAGUACAUGAUAUUCACUGACCUGGGGUUUGAACAAAACAGCAAAACACAAGCCGAAGUGUUAUUACAGAUUGUUCAUUAUGUAGGAUACUACUGUAAAAAGGUAUUUUCUUAAUGAUUACUGUUAAUUAUUUUCCUUUUGUUUUCUUUUCUUUUUUUUAACCCUCUUACCAACACUUAACCCCCUGUGAUGUCUAUGCCAAACAACUUUUUCCUUUUAUGCUGAAGUCCUAAACCUGAAAUGCUUCAUUUGACUUGUCUUUUUCGUAAUAUAUAAAUAUAUUUUCUUGUUCUCUCCACCCGACAUGAAAGUUUAGGUAGCCUUGUAGUAGAUAAACCUAAUAUAUGCAUUACUCCAACAAUUGUUAAUUCAAGACAGAAUCGUUUAAGGUAUACUUUUAAUCCUUCUCCAUUUCAUUUAAAGUUGACACAGAGUCAUACCGUAUGGGGGGGGUAUACACCUUUUCUCAGUAUCCUUCAGUUCGAGUAUAAUUUGAAAGCAUACAGUAACUGCUUUCUGUGUAUUAUACUUAUAGAAAGAAGUUGACGUAUUGUCCGUAACUGGUUCAUGCAACUGCAUAUUAGAAGCGACAUAAGCAGCGGCCGAGCGAGCGCUCGGCUCUUCGGGAACACCGCGGAGAGGGUGGAGCCAGAGUGCACCUCUCACCUGUUUUUGUUUUUUUGUUUUUUUUUCCCCCCGUUUGUUUGUUUGUGUUCUUUUUGCAUGGCUCCUGUUUUUCUUUCGCACAUCAUUUUGAAAUCCAAUCAGAGGAGACUGUACGCUGUUCUAGAUAUAACGAUUACAUUAAGAUUUGAAACAAAAAAAAUCAAACAGUUCUGAUUUUAUAUCAUUGUUCUUGUUCAAUUAUAGUGGAUGUGAGUUCUAAUUAUGUUAUUUGAGUCGGCAAAAGGGGGGGCGGGAGGGUUUGGGUGGGCGUGGGCACAGUUUGAGACCUUUGCGGGGGUCCUCUGAGUUUUCUCCUAUGGUGUUUUCUCCAGUGCCUGUAUUGUAUUGCGAUUCUAGUUGGCAUAUAUUACGUUCUAGGGAGGGCAAGGGAGGGGCUGAAAGAUGUGGGAGGGAGAACUCGGGGUUUAGGGAAGAGCUUGUGUAAAAAGCAAAAUAAAAAACACCAAAAAAAUACAAAAAAAAAAUACAAAAAAAAAUAGACAAAAAAAGGAAAGUCAACAUUUUAUAUUCUACCCAUUUACAAUAUUCAGGUUUAAAUCUAGUUUUAGCUGGACUUCUUAACUAUUCACCAGGCAGUUAAGUUUUCUUCAUUUUUCUUGAACCUGUUUUAAGAGGACAUGUCAGAGCAGCCACAUACUCAUUAUUCUGUAUGUAUGGAUAGUUGGAUGUGUGUGUAUGUAUGUGUCAGUAUGGUCUUCAGUAUGUGGCACAGGGAAGUGUGCUCCUCCCGGGAGCUUCCAGAAACACUUAACAAGAGGAGUUGCUUUGCUAACACUUUUUUCCCCCUCAAUGAAGUCCACAUAUAUAAAUAUAUAUAAAUUUUUUUCGUUAAUUCGGUUUGUAAAAGCUGAACGAAGAAACGCUUCAUUCCUUCAAGCCUUUAAAUGUAUUCUUUUGUUUUCCUUGGUAACAGUUGGACAUUAUGUGCCAUAGAUACGAAUUCUCCACAGAAUGUGCUGACCUGCGGCUCAGCCGAGAGUUUGCUUUAUUCAGGUAUUUUAUUUUAUUUUUUUUUCUCCUUUUUUCCUUUUUUUUUUGGUUUUUGUUAAACAUUUUCCUCGAUUACUGUUUGGUAUGUGAGUGAGCUAUCGAGGUCAAUGAUUCACUCUGUUAUGAUCAUGAUAUAAACUCAUCUCUUUUAUAGAAAAUUAAAAGGAAACAAAAAAUGCG